AAAAUUUGAGGCUGACAGUUGUCCUGCCCCUUUGGGAAGAAAUCACAGCGAGGGAAGGAGGGCAGCGGCCCUUGUCCUGACUGUGAUCCCGGCGGCCUAAUUCCCUGCUCUUUUUUUGACUGGGUGCUUCACUUUACUGCUAACAAGGAACAUUAAACUGUCAGGAGAAGUACCCUCCCAGCAGAACCGCGUGUUCCCACAGCAACUAUGGCAAGUGGUAUGGAUUCAGAUGGUGAGCAGGUGGUGCCCGAUGGAGAAGGCCCUGAUGUGAAAGCCGUGCAGGCCCACUAUCUUCGCAGUCCCUCUCCUAGCCGAUAUUCGGUGUUAUCGGAUGCAGACACUGAGAGCAUCUUCAUGGAGCCCAUCCAUCUGUCAUCUGCUGUGGCUGCUAAACAGAUCAUCAACGAAGAGCUGAAGACAAAGGAGGUGAAAGCAGAUUCUGGGUGUCCAGGGAUGCUCGAAUCUGCAGAGCAGCUACUGGUGGAAGACUUGUACAAUCGGGUUAAGGAAAAGAUAGAUGACACCAGCUUGUUCAACACACCAUGUGUCAUGGAUUUGCAGAGGGCACUUGUGAAAGACCGUCUUGAGUCUCCAAAGGAUGCCAUUGAUGAAGUCUGGCCAAAUGUCUUCAUAGCAGAAAAGAGUGUUGCAGUGAAUAAAGGUCGCCUAAAGAGACUAGGAAUUACUCAUGUGCUUAAUGCUGCUCAUGGCACUGGUGUGUAUACAGGACCAGACUUCUACAAUGGCAUGAACAUCCAGUAUUUAGGUAUUGAGGUGGAUGAUUUCCCAGAUAUGGACAUCUCUAAACAUUUUCGUGAGGCUGCAGAGUUCCUUGAUGAAGCUCUACUAACCUACAGAGGAAAAGUCUUGGUCAGCAGUGAAAUGGGAAUCAGCCGCUCAGCAGUGCUGGUAGCUGCUUAUCUGAUGAUCUUUCAUCAUAUGACAAUCUUAGAAGCCUUGAUGACUAUACGCAAGAAGCGCGCCAUAUAUCCCAAUGAUGGCUUCCUGAAACAGCUCCGGGAACUCAAUGAAAAGUUAUUGGAGGAACGAGAAGAGGAAGGUGAAGAAGAUUCUGAUGAUGACACAGCCAAUAGCCAGAGUUCUGUUGUCAGAGCUGGAAGCUCUUCCUUGAUGUCUGGGAGAGAAGAUUCUGGGAGUAUCAUGGGAGCCAAAGUCCACUCUAUCAUGGUGGAAGAAGAAGACACAACAAGCCUCCUGGGAAGUGUAAUGAGUUCCUCCUCUAUGGGAAAAUCAAGCUUGGUUUCCAAGCAGCCUACUCUUAUCAGUGAAGAAGAGGAGGAACAACUCUAUGAAGAAUGGAGGAAGAAGCAAGGCUUGCCUGCAAAGGAACUUUCAAACAAGGAUGGAGAAAGCAAACCCUCAGACCUUACAUUUCAGGUACAGGAGGAAUCUGAGGCAGAUAUGAAUCGGGUGAUCCAAGAGUGGCAGUCCAAAAAUGAAAAGUACCAAAUGGAAAGCUACUUGUUUCCCAAGGAGGAAGAUGGAGGUUCUAGAAUGGGAGAAAGACCAUGCUCUGUAAAUGAUAUAAGUGAAAGAGAAAGUGUGAGUAGCCAAGAGAUCAGAAUCUUGAAACAACAGCUAGAAGCAAGUGGCAUUAACAGAAUGAGGAGAGGGCGUACAGAUUCCAUGUCUACAGAAAGCAGCUGGGAUAUGUGGAAUGAGAGGAUGAUGGAGAUAGAGAAGGAAGCUUCUCGGAAAUAUCAUUCCAGAACUAAAUGUGGUCAUGAGAAUCCAAGGCCUGACAAUGGAACAAAUGGGAGGGAUAUGGAUGAGGAAAGUAUGUUAUCUGAUACUAGCUCAUUUUAUAAUUUCUGUCAGAAGAACAAAGACAAGCUGACUGCCUUAGAAAGGUGGAAAAUCAAGAGAAUUCAGUUUGGAUUUCACAAAAGAGACUCAGAGGCCUCUGAGAAAUCAAAAGAUGAAGAUGGCAGCCAACAAAAUAAAGAGGCUAUGGAAGAGGAGAAGAACUUGUCAGAUAUCAACCUGACAGCUUACCAAGCCUGGAAGGCUAAACAUCAGAAGAAGGUAGGCAAUGAGAAUAAGGAUGAUAUUGUGGAGCUUGCUAAAGGUGAAGAUUCUGCUUCUUCCAAAAGAAAGCAGAGGCGAAUGGAGUUACUUGAACACUCAAAGAAAGUUCUGGAAGAAAGUCAGUCUCUCUGCAGCUGGGAGGCAGAGAGUACAAUGAGUGGAAGCAUCCCUUUGUCGGCCUUUUUGCCAUCAACAGCUUCCGCAAAUGGUGCACAGGAUUCUGCCUCAGUAUUGAGCAUGCAGACGAAUCGCUCAUCUUUCUCUCAGGCUAGAGGCGGUAGUGGGGCAACGUCAAACCAUUCAGUAGCUACAGGUGUUCCCAACCUUCCUGUUGGCCCAGAAGACACUAUAUCUAUAGCCAGUAUUCAGAACUGGAUUGCCAAUGUUGUUAGUGAAACUAUUGCUCAGAAACAAAAUGAGAUCCUAAUGUUGUCCCGCCCAUCAUCGGUAUUAGCUUCAAGUGUUAAAUCAGUUGAUCCUGAUGACAAGGCAUCUCUGCUUAGUGCACAAAGUGGCUUAUCACUACCUAGUUCACUGUUUCACCAGCAGGGCAACCAAUAUGCUGACACUCAGUCCAUGCUGUCUUGUAACACCUCAAUGAGUGGAAGGACAGGAGGAUCCAGCUCAAGUAGGAAAGUGACACAAACAAGCAAGCCUCUUUACAGCCUCUUUGCCGAUGAGGUUGACUUGAAGAAACUUAACAGAAAGGAAAGGGAGAUGCAAACAGAGAUGAGAGAGAAAAUGUCAGAUUACCAGACCGAGAAGAUUAUCAGUGACAAUAAACGUAGCACUUUAUUUAAGAAAAAAAAGAUCAAGGAAGAGGAUGAGGAUGAGAAGGCAGAAAAUUAUGCAGAAAAUGUAACUGGUGGCCUUAGGUACCCUUUAGAAGCUCAUAAUGACAGGAGUGACACAGCAUCUGCUUUCUCAGGCCAGUUUGCCAGAGCAGGUGCUGUAAGGUCAGAGGUAGAAAAGAAUGUAAGUAAGUGGCUCAGUGGCUUGAAAACAGAAGAAAAGUCCUCAUACCAGGACUGCUCUGAUGCUAGUGGAGAAAAAUACAGGAGAUCAUCAUUCAGAGAGGUGGACACUGAGGCUUCUAGCUAUAAUUUUUGCAGAUCUCAAAGAGAAGAAAUUGAUCGCUCUUCAACCUUUCAGUGCAAAGAUGACUUGCAGAGAACCUCAUCGCGAUUUUCCUCUGCCUCUGCACAAGAAGAUAAGGCAGCUCGCACAUUUACACGGUCCAAAUUCAGUGAGACAAGUUCCAGAGAAGGAAGUCCAGAGCCAUAUUUUUUCAGGAGGACACCAGAACCAUCCUGCAGCUCAGAAUCCCCUGAACCACCCACCAGGAGUCGGAUCAGGUCGCAUCGCUUGGAAGAGCACGAGGAGGAGUCCAGUUCAGACACGUCUGAGUUUGGAGCCAAGAGAAAGUUCACCCAGAGCUUUUCAAAGUCUGAGGAGAAUGCAGAGAAAGAAGAAAAGGUAGAAGAAAGAAAAGAGUGUUAUGCAUCAAGGCAGUUAUUCAGACACAGGCAAAGCAUGCGUAAGGAGGAGGAGGAAGAAAUGGAUGAUGAUGCCAUAAUUGCUGCCUGGAGAAAUCGGCAAGAAGAAACUACAGCGAAGCUCCGUCGAAGGAGAGAGGAGCGGAGUGAUAGAGAACAAAGUCAUGCCAACUCCAUGUCUCCCCCUCCCAUUUGAAAGAAAGCCUCCACAGUGCCUACAAGAAACCAAAACUAAAAUGUCCCUCAGCCUCAUCAACCUCCACUGCAUUUCCUAUCACCCUUCCCAGAACAGAGCACUGCUUUAAUCCUACAGGUAUUCUCUUAUCUUUAAUUCUCAACCUGAGAUGAAGAUACUAAUGACAGUGGUUCUUCCCAAGAAAAGGGGAUUGUGUCAGUAGUCAAUUAUUGGUGUACAGAAAUGCACCAAGUGGUUUUUGAGACAAUUUCUUUAACAAAACAGUAAACAUAAUUAACAAUAAUAAUCAAAAGAAACAGUAGAGGCUCAGCUAAUUUGCUUCAGAUAUUCAUUUGAUUCUGUUUACUGCAAUCAUUGAAGAGUCACUCUGGGGUUUUUGCUUUUUUUUUUUCCUUUCCACUUCAUCAUGAUUAGAAUUGGAACAGAAUCAGCAGCCUUUGCCACUAGUUUGAAAAUGUAGCUGCUCUUACAGCAUAUAUGCCCUGUUCCCUUGUGGAUAGUACAAUUGAACUUAUAUUAUUCCUUUCCUUCGAAAUCCCAAACCACAGUGCCUUUUCUUUCUCUUGUGUGUAUCAAUAGAAGGGAAACUACUGAGAGAAUAAAUGUAAUGUUUGUUCCCAUGA